AUGGCAGCGGCAAGGAGGGUACGUGGGAAGCAUGACCAAUCGAUGGGUGAAGCACUGGCUAUGGAACUCGGAUUACAGCUAGUUCGACGACAUCAGCUAGGAACACCGUUGGUGGAAGUGGAAUCAGACUGCUUGACAGUAGUCAACAGGAUUAGGGAAGCUCGUGUGAACUACACCGAGCUGGGCACUAUUGUGUUGAAUAUCAGGAAAUUGUUACAGGGAGAAGAGGCGGGCAGAGUCCAACAUACCAGAAGAAAUGCGAACAAGGCAGCACAUAUAAUGGCGCAUAUGGACACUCGAUGGGAUGAGACAGAGGUAUGGUUUGAUAGACCGCCAAUUAGUAUUCUUGACCUGUUAAAACUGGAUGAUGUACGCUUGACAUCUACCUAA